CGUGAGGAAAACUGGUCUGUCAUGGCUGCUAGAAUUCCGUCUCUCCGUCUGUGUGCUGCUGUGUAUGAAGGUUCUCUCCUGCACUGCACACUCUCCAACACUUCACAUCACAGAUGUGGCAGAAAACUUUAACAUCGAUCAAAACAGUUCGCAGAACCUUCAUGACGAGCCAGAUCACCAUUCCUUCCCUCCAAGUUCUGAAAGCAACUUUACCAUCAAUGAUGAACACAUUAUUCAUCAGCGCACAGAGAAGAUAUUGCCCAUUCUGACGGUGGUGAGGUUCCCCAACGUUCCAUGUACUGUUGGAUCGACAGAUGGUACUUGUUACACUGGUACUGAGUGUAGGCAACUGGGCGGUGUGCAGAUGGGCUUGUGUGCGAAUGGCUUUGGUGUCUGCUGCUACAAGGAGAUCACGUGUGGAGGGUCAUCUAGCACCAACUGCACGUACUUAGUCAGCCCUAAUUUCCCAGUUACGUACAAUGAGGCCAGGAGCUGCAACAUGACCAUCACUCGUAUGCAGGACGUCUGUCAGUUGAGACUCGAUUUUCAGGCUUUUGACACCUUUCCUCCAGACAAGUUUGGACUGUGUAAGGAAGAUCAGUUCACAGUGAAGGGAGAGAAGAAGUUCACCUUCCUGUGUGGUGCUGCACCGUCACACUGGCACUUCUACCUAGACGUCGGAGGUCACGACCACUCUACUGUCUUCACAUUUACCACCUCCACAGCUAACUACAACAGGAAAUUUAAAAUCAAGGUCUCCAUGAUCGAGUGUUCCCAUUCAGUACCAGGUGGGUGUGGGCAGUAUUUUACAAGCAACUCAGGAACCAUCCAGAGCUUCAACUAUGGCAGCUUCUACCUGGCCGGGGUCAACUAUGGCAUCUGCUUCAGGAAGGAGAAGAAUAAAUGCAAGACAACUUUGAGAUUAUCGGGUCCAUCAUUCGUGCGGUGUCCCACUGAUCUGUACCGUCUACCAGUGGGAGACACAGCCACUCCUAGCAACACUGUCAUAAACAUCAGUCCGCUAGGAGUAGAGGGACUUUACUGCCAGCUGGAUGCUGCACCUGCAAUAUUAGCGCCCUUCACUGUCAUCCAGCCUACGUUAACGACAGUGAGCAACGGACCACUUAUCAUAAUGCACAGGACUAACCUGACCGACGGCUUCCCUAACUACCAUUCCACCAUUAACUGCACUACAUGUGCUGGCUUCUACCAAAACUUCACUCAUAAUGACUGCUGACUUGAUGAACUCUCACAAGCACAAGCCUGGUACAACAUUCUGUAAGACACCUGGAGUAUACCUGCAGAGGGUUUCGGGGGUCAAAGCCCCGCGGCCCGGUCUGUGACCAGGUCUCAUGGUGAAUCAGGACCUGAUCAACCACACUGUUACUGCUGGCCGCACGUAAUCCAACGUACGAACCACAGCCCGGCUGGUCAGGUACUGAUUUCAGGUGGCUGUCCAGUGCCUGCUUGAAGACAGUCAGGAGUCUAUAAGGAACUUCACAUGUUACAAUCCAUGCAGAAAUUACUGUGUUAGUAUGAUCAUUUUCUGUACAUUUCAACAAACCACGGACAGUACAAUACAAUAUUAACAAAAUAAUGUAUUUCGGUCAUGUAUGAUACAAGAAAAGUUCAUAUACAUGGGUAUGCAUAUAUAUAUUCAUGUACUUAUGUAUACUUUUACAUAUAGAUGUGUGUGCAAAUGUGUGUAUGGAUAUAUAUACUUGUGUGUAUGUACAGGAAGACCAAAGUAAUCGAAUGUAUAUUUGUGAGCAUAUAUUCACAAACAUAAAUACACAUAUAUACUCACCUAUUAGUGGUUGCAGAUGUGGAAGCUCAGCUCCUGGGUCCACCUUUUCACUGACUCUCACUGUGUGAACUACCUAUAACCUAUUAGCUUCGUAAGCCAUAUCAUACCUACUCUUAAAGCUCUGCAUGUAUCCUGUCUUUGCCAUUUCACAGUCUAGAACUCACGAAAUCGUAAUGACACGAUUGCAAACAAACCAUGCGUCGGUCAGGAGUUUUAUGACUACCGCAGGUUCAAGCCCCGCCCGUGGAAUGGUCUGUCUAGGUCCCUCGGACAUUCCACCUCCUGACCACCUCAGACUAAAAGAAAUAUUUCGUAAGUUAUCCAGUGUUUGUUUUUCUAACACUCCGUCUCUCUCUGCUAGGUAAUUUAUCUGUAUUUUGUACGUGUUAAUCAUCACUCAUGGCCAGUACGACUACUACUACUCCCCAUGAAAA